AUGACACAGACACAAGCUAUCACGCCUGAGCCUCGAGCCCUGAACCCUUUGCCUACGGGCACACGCGCGUUACUACGCUCAGGACAGGAAGCCGUCGCUUAUCACAUCCCCAUCACACCUCCUACGGAUGAUACGUCGCAGAUAAAGACCACUAUCUCUCUGCCUCGAUACUCAGCCUGGACCUCUGGAUUGCACUUCCAUGCCACGCACACAGAAUUCCUCCGCCUCGUCAAAGGCGCCAUCGUUGUUGAGCUCAACGGCACCACCAAAAGCUUCAGCGCACUGGCAGGCGGCGAGAUUGACAGUUCAGGUCGGGUAGUGUGCGAAGGGUUGGUCGUUGAGGUGCCUCGAUAUGCGAGGCACAAUUGGGGUCGCCUUGAGCACUGCCUUGACAUAGAAGAAAAAAGCCGAAAAAAACAUGUACGGCCAGAGGAUUGGGUCGAAGAGGUGGUUGUGGAAGAAUGGACUGAUCCGAGCGACAUCAGUAAACCCCUGUUCUUCUGGAAUCUGAAUGGCAUCAUCAUGGCACCAAGUGACAUGGUUCUGUCUUCACGGAAGCGCAUCGCCAGAGGCAUCUUGGGCGACUGGUGGAUAGAUUUGCAGCUUCUUGUUGUCUUUUUUGAGCUGGACAACUGGCCCAUCUUGGUUAACUUCAGAAACCUGUGGCCGUCUGAAGGUACCUUUGCAGGGGCAUCAUGGAUUAACGAUUGCGCCGAGACUGUCACAUCUUUCGUUUUGCUUUUUUUUGCUAAAGCAUUAGGUGUGGCCCUAGGUCUGCGGGCGGUAGAUCAGAAGCGAACACCAGCUGCAUUGUGGGAAACGUACCGCAAGUCAUCACGCGACGUACAGCGAAAGCCGACCACAAAGCCCGUGUCCUAUAGCUAG